CACCUGCGGUCUUUUGCACACCGCCUAGAAACAACAACCCCGGAUCUAGACCGAAUCGCCCGCCAGCGCGCGAGCGGGCUUGAAAUCCAAAUUAGCGAGUUUCCCGCCGGCGCGCCGCAAAAUGUGCGACUCGACAUUUACGUUUGGGCAGCGGGGCAGCCACUUUUUCCAGUGUCCGUCGGCGCGAGAAUAUACCCGCCUGCCCCCCAAACUCUCCCGGCUCCUCGAAUCCCCCAAACUCCAGUCCAUCCACCACCUAACCCUCGGCUUCGAAGACAGCUUCAUCCUCACCUACCGCUCCACCACGGGAACCUCGCACCUCGAAUCCUCGGGCCCUCUACCCCCGGACCUCGUCUCCUUCAUCCACGCUCCCAACCGCAACCUAGCGCAGCUCCGCUGCUACCUAGGCCCCUACAACUCCUCCUUCUUCACCCACGACUCGUCCUCGUAUCUCUGGCAAAACCUGCCCCCAGCCCUCGUCUCCGCGCUCGAGAAAAACAUCAAAAAUGGCAAGUGGCUUGACCGCCCCCGCAUCCUUGCCCUAGGCGCAGACGCCACCUUCGUCUUCAUCACUGAGAAAAACGCCGCCGUGUGCCAACUCCCUUGCUACCCCUCCCUGCGCACCCUUCUCGAAGAGAAAAUGGAAGACGAUCGUCUAAGAGACGUACAAGCAGUAACGCUACAUCCUUACCGCUACGCCUCUUUCCUCCUCCUCCUCAAAGAUGGCACCCUGCUCGCAGCAAAUAUUCCAAAGCACCACCAGCCUGCCCUCGAUGCUAUGAGAGAGCCCCUGAGAAAUGAUAGCAAGGAGAGCCAGACGGCCUGGAUGCAGAGAAGAGAUAGUGCAAAGGUAGAGAGACCCCAGCAGCGGCCCAGUGUGUUGCAGCAGAGGGCCCAGUUGAGAAGGGAGUGGGGGGACAGGACGAGUGAGGUGUCGGUGCAGGGUAAAGGGGUCAAGUUGAGUUUUAGUCUGAGUGUUAGUUUGGGUGGU